AUGCUGUUUGUGCAUGGCCAAUGGAGUGCGAGGCCGGGCGCGGUGCGAUCAGCGCCUUCGGCGGUUUCGGAGCGGGCCAGCCCGGUCAGAUCUUCGAGCAGUGCCGAUGCAUCCUUCGGUCGCUGCAAUAUUCCACUGGUGUCUGCUGCUAGUUGUCUUCUCCUUUCUGCUGUGACACGCCGGGCCGUCAGCACAGAGAAGAAACCGCCCAACGCUCGGGGCACUGCCAAGCCUCUGCGGCGAUCCACUGGGGCGCUCCGCAAGUGGGGCGGCGCCGGCUUUAAGGUGCGGGAGGAUGGCUUGGCGCUGCGGCCGAAGCCGGGCUUUCAGCAGAACAAGGUCGUGGCGACCAAAUGGAGACCCAAGCGCGAGAACUGGGAAGGCGCGGGCUCGCGGAACAUUGCGUGGACUUCCUUGGAAAGGCGCCUGGGCUUCUGCCGGGGCGUCGGCGUCGGCCGCUUCCGGGCGCCGGGGGCGUGGCAGCUGGCGCUGGAGCUGCGGAAGCGCGGGGUGGAGGUUACGGCCGCAGCGGUGCUAGGCGUUGAGCUGAAGCGACAAAGCUGGGACCUGCAGUUGGAGCGCCUGGAGGACCUGCGGAGGCUUGGAUUCUACGGAGGUGGCCAUGACCCCUUCGUGGUGUUGGCCUGCGUCUUGCACUGCAAGAGCCAGCGGCGGUGGCAAGCGGCCGUGGAGCUACAGGCGCUGCUCUUUCAGGACACGGAGGAGACGGAUCCAAGACUUUGCGAGCUUCGCAGGAAGGGCCGCAAUGCAGCCAUUGCCAGCGCCGGCGCGGCUUGGUGCUGGCUGGCGGCUUUGUCCCUCUUCCGGCAGAGCGUCGGAGAUGACCUGGUGGCCUGCAGCAGCGCGGUGGCCGCCUGCGCGCGGGCGCGGCAGUGGCCAAAUUGCGCCCAGCUCCUGGCGGAGGCGCGGGAGGCCGGGCUUCAGCUGGACCUCGCGGCGGCGGGGGCGGAGGUGAUGGCGCUGGAGCAGGUGGCCAGGUGGGAGGCUGCGGAGCAGGCGCUGCGCCGGCUCCGGUCUGGGCUCCGCCCGGACGCGGCGUUGCUCUGCGCGUCGCUGAGCGCAGUGGGGCGGAGCUGGCGCUGGCGCAGGGCUCUGUUUGGCCUCGCAUCCGUACUCAGAGAGGACCCGGUGGCGCCAGAGGCUGCCGCGAGGGCCUGCCAGGCCGCCGGCGCCUGGCGCUGGGCGGUGGCGCUGCUUCGGCGAAACGAGCUGGGCCUGGCGGUGGUGGCGCUGCAGGCGGCGCAGUCUGCCGCGCCUCUUCCAGCGCUCCUGGCUGCGGCGCGGCGAGGUUUGGGCACGGCAUAUGACUGCGGCAAGGCGGCGGCGGCGGCGGCGGCGGCGGCGGAGCAGCUCGAGGCCUGGGGCGCUUUGGACGGCCCGGCGCUGGCCGUGCUGCGCCGCGGCGUGCGCCGGCUUCGGCGCUGCCUGGCGGACUCCUUUUCCAGCGAAGGUCUGGAGGACUACCGCAGCCUGGGCGCGGCCCUGGAGGCGGCGAACCUGCGGCUUUUGGGCCUCGGGGCCUCGGGCGCCUUCGCGGCGCUGGCGCGGCGCCUGGCGCGGGCGGCGCUGGCGGAGCAGGUGGGGCGCAGCUUGCGGGGCCUCGGAGAGAGCGACGCCCAGGAGGAGGUGAUCUCCUCCUUUCUCCCCUCUUGGGCGGCAUUCCGCCUGAGCUCGCUCCACCAUGCCCGCAGCUGCCUGCAGGGCCUCGGUCCCACUUCCAACGGCGGAGCGUUGGGCGCGGUGGCGGCGCAUCAUGACCGGAGCCGGCACGGGGAGAGGCACCUGUUGCUGCGGGUCCUGCGGCUCGUCCACGACAGCGACAGCGACAGCGACAGCGACAGCGACAGCGACAACGACAACGACAACGACAACGACAACGACAACGACAACGACAACGACAACGACAACGACAACGACAACGACAACGACAACGACAACGACAACGACAACGACAACGACAACAACACCAACACCAACGCCAACGCCAACGCCAACGCCAACGCCAACGCCAACGCCAACGCCAACGCCAACGCCAACGCCAACGCCAACGCCAACGCCAACGCCGUGGUGGGCCGGGGCCUUCUGCGGCGCCAGGAGGACGCCAGCGAGCUGUGCACGGAGAGCGAUUUGGCGAGGAUGGCGAAGCUGCGGGCCCUCAACCAGCCCAAGGAGCUGAUGAAGUACGGGAUGCAACUCGACACCGUGGCCGGGCGGUCCCAGGCAAUCUAUAGCUUGGUGGGCAUGGGCCCGCCGGGCAUCAAGCGCGCGGAGGAGAUGGUGGCCGCCCUGAAGACUCGGGACGUGGCCUCGACCGCCCUCCGGGAGCGAGUGAGCGAGUGA